GGUUUUAGUUUCUCUCUUCUCAUCUCUGCUGAUCUCCCAAACCCUACAUCCCAAAGCAAGGAGGAAGAAGAAAUUAGAGAUGGCGAGGAUUAAGGUUCACGAGCUUAGGCUGAAGAACAAGGUGGAGCUGCUGGCGCAGCUGAAGGAUCUGAAGGCGGAGCUUGCUCUGCUGCGCGUGGCGAAGGUCACUGGAGGCGCUCCCAACAAGCUUUCGAAGAUCAAGGUGGUUAGACUGUCGAUCGCGCAGGUGCUGACCGUGAUUUCUCAGAAGCAGAAGUCUGCGCUCCGAGAAGCGUAUAAGAACAAGAAGUACUUGCCUCUUGAUCUCCGCCCUAAGAAGACUCGCGCUAUCCGCCGCCGCCUCACCAAGCACCAGGCAUCUUUGAAAACAGAGAAGCAGAAGAAGAAGGAGAUGUACUUCCCUCUAAGAAAGUAUGCUAUCAAAGUUUAAGUUCUUUGUUUUAAGGGAUUUUGUUUCUGUUGCUCAAUCUUAAGGAAUGACAAUUUUUUGUUCGAGUCAACUCUAUAUUUGCAAUUAGUUCAAUGGUGAUAUUGAGACAUGAAAUUUUUAUGCA